AUGGGGGAGACACAACUGCAGAUUUGCAGAAAAGUUGUCCUUGCGACGGCAAAUCUAGAGGGAACUGAGGUUGAUGGGCUGGAAAUUGUUCGGGAAACACAUUUUCUAAAUGGGCCUGGGUCAGGGAAUGGGCCCUAUAAACACUGGUCUAGCUUGGACCUAAUCAAAGAGGGGGAAAGUGAGACAACAAUUCAUGUUCUGUGGGAAUGCCCUGCUGCAGCAGAUGUGUGGGGUGGAGAGAACAACUUGCUCAAUAAAUGGAAGAGGCAAUUCUUUGACUUCCAAUUCCUGUGGAAUAAAAUGAGACUAAAGCUGAGCAAGGAGAUCGUGGAGUUGGUAUCAAUAAUGUUCUAUCAGAUAUGGGUAAGGAGAAAUGCCUUCAUUUUUCAGAAUCAGUUUUCAAAACCGAAGUCCAUUGGUAUAAGGGCUCGAGCUGAUUUAUCAUAUUUUAAAGAAAACAACAAGGAUAGGUCCAAGUGUGCUGCAGGGACUCAAGGGAGAACUCCAAUUUCAAGAUGGGAACCCCCUGCAUGGCCAUAUCUCAAAGCUAAUUUUGAUGCAGCUUUCGACAAAGAGAAAGGGAGUAUGGGAGGGGGUGUGGUGAUUAGAGAUUCAGAUGGUAGUGUACAAACAGUUUUGACAACCUAUAAAGACCAUAUCUCAUUAGCUCUCCAAGCCAAAAGUAAUGCCCUCCUCAGAGCUAUGGAAUUGUGUUAUGAACUUGGUUUUAACCAAGUCUGUUUUGAAGGGGAUGCUAAGACUGUUGUUGAUGCAGUGAACUCCAAUAGUGUAGAUAACUCAUGGUUGGGUCAAUUGACAGGGGAUAUGCAUCAAAUGAUGAAGCACAACCAAGCAUGGCGCCUCAAUUCUGUUUACAGAUCAGCAAGCAAAGCUGCCUACACGACAGCAAAAACUUGCUAUUAG